AAGUUAGUAGCAAGCAGGUAAUGUCAGGCCAUUGCUAUCAGGGCAAGUAAAUGAACCUGGCCUAGAUACAAGGAUCUCUGGGUGUCCACGUUGGUUAUCUGACCUGCCUGCUCUCCUUCAGUCUAAGACAUGUCCCAUACACAUGCUUAUCAAGGUGGAGGUGUUAGCUCAUUGCUACUGCCUUCGUGUUAGUUCUAUAACAGAUCAAUACAAGAUGUAAGCUGGUACAAACUACUGUGUGUAGCUACUAGCUUACUAGUUCACCUGAUGAAUGAAGCCGGCAUGCCUGUCCAUUUUCUACGUGGAGAUGUUGUACGACAGCCCAACCUACGUUAUGACCUAGCUGGCCCUGAGCUCUCACAGCUGAUGCCUUGAGGGCCGAGCACACAGCUAGCGGACUGUAUUGAAUAAUGCUACACGAUAUGUUUCUGACCAAGUCUUCUGAUGGCAAAGGCGAUGAAGAAGAAAAAGAAGGAUGGCCCUUCAACCCAGCUGGACACAUCCGACUUGAAGCUAAUGGGCAUGCCGGACUCCACACAUGAAGAUUCAGUGGAUGUGUUAUCGUUGCUGUGGAAACCAGUUACAGUUGCUGUGGUUGUUUUUGGGGUGUACUUGCAAACUCUGCAUCCCUCCCUACCAGGAGGGGACUCAGGUGAACUCAUUGUGGCAGCUAGUGAAUUUGGUGUAGCACAUCCACCAGGUUACCCCCUGUUCACGGUGCUGGCACAGUGCAUGCUGGAGUUCUUCCCCUUUGGUAAUCCUGCAUGGAGAGUGAACCUGCUGACAGCCCUCACAUCAGCCAUUGUCGCAGGAGUGCUGUUUGUGGUCGUGGAGAGACUGACGAGCUGGUCAUCGGCUGGUGUUCUGGCGGUGGCCAUAUUUUCCUUCAGUCGACUCACCUGGACUUGGGCAGUGACGGCUGAGGUGUUCGCACUCAACAACCUGUUUGUAGCCCUGAUCAUGAUGCUGGCGGUCAUGUUUGAGCAGAGUCAAGGCAACAAGAUGCGGCUUCAGACGCUUGCCCUGGUGGGUUCCUUCUGCUGUGGCCUGAGUCUGUGCAACCAACACACGUGUGUCCUGUACAUAGUGUGUGUCGUGCCCUGGGCGGUCACUCUCCUCUACACAGCUCAGGCAUUAACUGUAGGGAUGGUGUUGAAGUUGUCUGUGACGCUGUGCCUGGGUCUGCUCCCCUACGUGUACCUCCCUGUGUCUGCGUACACCCGGGCAGCACGGUGGACGUGGGGGGAUCAGCGCACCACCAUGGGCUUCGUCACUCACCUACUGAGGAUGGAGUACGGUACUUUUGACUUGCUAAAGGACCACACUGGUCAGGGGUUACUAUAUGGACUCAGGCUAUACCUGGAGCAUAUAUACAUGGAUUUGACACCAGUAGGGUACCUGUUGGCCAUAUUCUCUGUCAUUGCUGCUGUCAAACGGUUGUCGCAGCAGUACAGGUCUUCCAGUGUGUGUAUCUUCUACUUGAUGCUCUUUGCAUACAUCGUCUUCUUUGGUUGGCGAGCCAAUCUGGACGUGAAGAACCCGCUCCUGCUGGGUGUGGUGGAGAGGUUUUGGAUGCAGAGCGACAUUGUUGUGGCAGUACUUGCGGCAGUUACAUUUGUAGACUUUAUCAAUAUGGUGCACUGGCUCAUCGAUCUCCACAAGUGGCGGCUGGAUCUCAUCUUCGCAGUGGCUGUCACAGUCUUCCAGCUUCACAGAAACUUCCCCCUGUGUGACCAGAGCACCAACUACGUGGUCCGAGACUUCGCUGUGUCGUUACUGAAUAGCCUCCCGAAUGGGUCCGUCAUCCUCACAAAGGGUGAUCUUCCUUCCAACACUCUCAGAUAUUUCCACCUGUGUGAGAACGUCCGACCAGAUAUCGUUCUGUUUGAUCAAGAAGUGUUGACAUACAAGUGGUCUGUGGACAUGAUGAGAGAUGCAAGCUCAGGGCUGGUGUUCCCUGGUGACUUCAUGCAGCUCGAAGACGGAAUAGUAGAAGAUGGAAAGACGUCCUUCACCUUCAGAUCUCUACUAGAUGCCAACAUACAGAGACGGCCGGUGUUUGGCUGUAUCGGUGUACAGGACCAUGAACCGUCAUGGCAGAGCGGGUAUGAACUCUGGCCAUAUGGCGUCUGUUCACAGUUCAUACAGAAAGGAACCACCCUUGAUCUUUCAACAUGGAUAAACAAUACAAAAAAUAUAGGUGUUGACUGGAAGCACCCUCACAAAGGCUUUCCUGAGACGUCGUGGGAGCAUGUUGCAACAGGGGAAAUAUGGGCCGCCAUGACAGCCAGUGCAUUCUUUCUGCUUGAUAAGUCAGAUAGUUACAAAGAUGGCCCAGAAAGGACAGCCAUGUUGUUGUACUCAUUCCAGUUGUACCGAGAAGCUCAUCGCCAGCACAAGUCCGUGCCCAGCUACUGGCACAAGAACUUUGCACUGGUUUGCGAGAGGCUCUUCCGGACAGACGUUGAGCUUGACAAGACUGAGUUGCUUAAAACCAGCAUUAAACAAUUCAGGCGCUACUUGAAGAAGGAACCUGAAGACCCAGAUAAAGACAAAAUCAAAACAGCUGUAGCUAGUCUACAGAAAUAUUUGGAUCAUCUGAAAUCUUCAUUAUAAUCAUUGCAUUGUCAUAUCUUCAACUUCAUGUCCGACUUGCAUGUUAAAGAUUUCAUCAGCCCUCGUACAACCAAACCAGUGAAUGAUUGUCACAGACAUCAAAACAAGUGUGAAGAUGACUGACCCAUCAGAUGCCAUAAAGGCCAUAAUAAACGAAUGAAUUAUCCCACCAGACUGUCGACCAAACUCUCUACCUCACAUCACUGUGUUGUUGCCAUGGGUCUGUUGGGAAAGAAAAUCACUAGGUUUGAUGACUCUUUGUCUUCUUGUAACAUAUAUGUUAUAUAUAUGGGAUGACACUUUCUCAGUAAAGUUCAGAUUCUAGAAUUUUUAUUAGGUUGAGUCCCAUUCGGGAUUCGAACCCUCUCUCAGAGUCAGGCACCUAACUGCCAGCACACAAAAUGGGAUUACUCUUACUCAAUACAUUUUCGACAUCUCCUUUGUACCUUACUAUAGUAAAAGGUCUUGAUCAGAUUGUCUAAUGCUUUUAAGUACAAAAAUGCCCCUUAUCUUACAGUUAGGAAGAUUUGGAUUAAGAUCAGAUAAUUAAUUCACUAAUGCCUGAGGCAUGUGGUUUGUCAGAAGGCUUGAGCAAGUCUUCAUAUGAAAACUAGACAGUAUUGUGAAUGUAUUUUCUAUUUUCCAAUUCUUUGUUAAAUCAAAUGUUUUUAUUCUGUUCAAUUUUAUCCGGUUCAUAUGAAGUUUCAUGUAAAUUGAAACCUGAUCAUGACAUUCACAUGCAAUGUGAAAUACAAGGGAAGACUGCUGAAGAACGUGUGCUUGUUUGAAUGUGUUUACUGUGUAUGUAAGACUAUGUCAAUAAACCGUAUGAAGAAAAGUAA